CGCCCUCAAAUCCUUUUAUUUGCAUGUUUUUACCGACAUUUCAUUUCAGCUUAGUAUCAAAAGCAGUUUACGGCAUUUCAAUCAUCUCAACACUGUCGCAAACCGGGCAACCCACUUUCCGGCGCAUAGUAACACGUGUGCUCUGCUGUUGAACGAGGUUUGGAACCAUGGCGAAGAGUUUACGCAGCAAAUGGAAGAGAAAGAUGCGAGCGGAGAAGAGGAAGAAAAAUGCACCCAAGGAACUGGCUCGGCUUAAAGUGGCUCUGGGGCAGGAAGGCAAAGGCGAGAUCACCAUGAAGGAUGUUGCUGAGAUCGCAACUGUGGUGCCUGCUAAGAAAUUAAAGGAGAAAGCUGAGGAUGUGGAGAUGCUGGGAGAAGAUGACGAUAUGGGACAGAUGGAGAUGGACAGCAAGCGGAACAAGAAGACAAUGCUCAAUGAGCAUGGACAGUACCCAGUGUGGAUGAGCCAGAGGCAGGCCAAAAAGAUGAAAAGCAAACGCAAGGCAAGCAAAGGAAAACAGAAGACAAAAAAGGGUGUUGCCUGGUAGAUUGAUCUUUACCUGUGUGGACUAUUUUUAAUGAAAUAGAAACAAGUGGAUUAUUUUUUCAGUCAGUUAUAAUUCCCACGGCUGUGGUCAGUCACCCCCCAAGUGUACCACCGUAUGGUUGUGCCUUAUUUCAGUAAAUGUAGGAGUGCUGAGUUUGUGGGCUAUGCUUGAUGCAUAUUAUGUACAAUUUGUGAACCGUGUGAACUCUUUCAAUUACACUGUGCUAAUGGGUGAUAUUGCAAAUGGGAUCUGUAAUGAUGAACGUUGAGUUGUUUGAGAAUAAUAAUGAAUGGCUGAGAAGAGUCCCAUGAAAACACUUUCAACCUGAUCUCUGUCUGCUUUGUAUGAGGUAUACGAUCAGUUUCGCGUUUCCCUGUUGGCGGAAAACAGAAAACCUGUUGAUUUUAAAACAAAACAGCCCAUUUGCUUCUAUUCUAAGUGUUUCAAGUCAAGUUCUGAUUUUUUUUUUUUUUUUUAAAUGCAGGGAAAUUUUUUUAACUACAGAAAAAAGAUUAGUGGCAUUCAGCUGUAUGCUAUAAAUACAGAAGUGGAAAAGUGUUGGAACAUUCCUUUACACAUCAGUUCUUCAGAUCUGUUGAAACAGUUUUUGCUUACUACAUAGAUAUAUGGUCUAUUACUACUGGGACAACUAGAUUAAUAAAGAGUGUGGACUGUCAGUUAUUACAGAUAUGUAUGGUUGAAAAAUGCUUUGUGAUAUUAAAACUUUCCUCUUAA